CAACAAGGUCGAGGUGCAAGUCAAACGUCAUUCCUUCGAUUCAGCUUAACUUACCUUGAGAAAGACAAGACGUGUAUUCGUGCCUGUGCCCUUGCUCUUUUAUUCCUGCUGCUCUACGUUCGCGUUUCUUCAUCUUCCAUUGAAUCCUUAAGGAUAUAUCCUUACAGUCGACGUCCUCAUCCAUACCCUCACCGUCACAUUUACCCUUUGUACCCUUCCUUCCUCUUCCAGGAUGCUGGCUACUACACCGAGAGUGGCCGCGAGGUCGACUCGCAUGCUGAAGCUGCGACAGCCCCUGCCCAUUCGAUCUCGUCAGCCAUGCCAUGCACGUUUCCAAUCUACCAGUAGCGGCAAUGCUAGCUCUUCAUCCACGUCCUCGUCUGGAAGUGGUGGUGCCCUCGUAGGCGGUAUUGCUGGUGGUGCAACAGCUUUCCUCGCGGGUUACCUCUGGUAUCACUUUUCAGGGACCAAGUCUAUUGUCAAUAGCGUUCAUCAAGCUCGCUCUUAUGUCAACACGGCUUUCAAGAAGACCACCGAGGCCGCGCCAGAACCCAAUGAAGCAGUUGAGUGGCUGAAAGACACUGUCAAGACUUAUACCAAGAUGAUCCCGGGGGCUUCCAAGUAUGUCGACUCAGCAUUCGAUGACCUUGAAAAGAUCCGCUCCAAGCACGGGGAUGAGGUGGACAAGAUCAUCAAAGAUACAUACAAUGAACUUAAAGAUGUCACCAACAAAGGCUUCAGUGUCGAGGCAGUGUCACAGGCUUGGGAUGUGAUUCAGAAGUGCUUCUCGCGCAUUUCAGCCCUCGCUGUUGAUGCAGGCCAGGACAUCCUCAAUAACCACCCGCAGCUCAAGGAGAAACUUGGCGGCAGCUUCGACCAGUUAAAACAGAUGGGAGACCAGUAUGGACCGGAAGCGAAGCAGAAGGCGGACGAGACUUACAAUCAGAUCCGAGAUAUCCUGAAAGGGGGAAUCGGUCUCGGCACUGUCGGUCAACUUCAAAAGCUUCUGCAAGAGAAAGUUCAAGAACUGAAGAAGUACGGAGAUCAAGCGUGGCAGAAGGGUAUCGAGCAGGCCAAGCCGGUCCUGGAUAAACAACCUCAGCUAAAAGAGCUCCUUGAGAAUAACAAAUCCAAGCUGUUGCAGGGAAAUAUUGGCCAACUGUGGCAAAAGCUACAAGAGGCUGCUAAGAGCGGCAACACGGAGGAUGUCGAGAAAUUCGUCAAGGAGCAGGCCGACAAGUUAUCGCAGAAGGCUGGUGGCAGCGGCAGUGGCAGUGGGAUCGAGCAGUAUCUACACAUGAUUCCUGGUGGCUCUGAAAUGGGAUCCAAGCUGCAGCAGUUGCAAGAGCUCAGUCAAAAGCAUGGAAAAGAAGCUGAGAAGCUGGUUAAGAGUGCGAUCGACGACGUCACAAAGGUUCUGUCGCAAAAAGUCGAAGAGGGACAAAAGCUGAAGGAAAAGGCGAAAGAAGAUGUAAAGAAGUAAUGGUCUUCCUUGCCGUAGUGAUCAUACAAUAUUAAUAGCUGGGAAGCUUGAUAGCCACGUUUAUGCCGACAAAAUGGCAUUCGGUCACAUUACAUUGACAGGACCAUCCCAAGGAUGUGGCUACACCUCUUCUAUGGGAACGAGUGUAACAUGAUGCGUUGUACAAUAGUUGGAGGUAAAGCUGAA